AUGGUACUCUCUCGCACUGAUGAUUUUCAGGUCACAGUUGAGAAAAGUUAUGACAAAAUGAGUGAAUUAAAAGCCUUUGAUGAUACUAAGGCUGGUGUCAAAGGGCUUGUUGAUGCUGGCAUCACUAAAAUACCUCAAAUAUUCAUUCUACCACCAAAAAACAGGCCGGAGUUUUCGGAUACAAAUGAAACACAAUUCAUUUUCCCUGUGAUAGAUCUUGAAGGCAUCGACGAGGACCCCAUCAAGCAUAAAGAGAUUGUGGACAAAGUGCUGAGGACCCCUCAGCCAGAACUCGCGAUAGGUACCAACAAACACUCUGAUAAUGAUUUUAUCACCGUACUUCUACAAGAUCAUAUCGGAGGACUUCAAGUGCUUCAUCAGAAUCAGUGGGUUAAUGUUCCUCCUACACCUGGUGCGCUUGUUGUGAACAUCGGAGAUCUUCUGCAGCUUAUAUCAAAUGACAAGUACAUAAGUGUUGAGCACAGAGUAAUGGCAAAUAAAGUUGGACCAAGAAUAUCAGUGGCAUGCUUCUUCUACACAGGUUCAAUGCCAUCUUCCAAGCUUUAUGGACCGAUUACUGAAUUGUUAUCGGAAGAUAAUCCUCCAAAAUAUCGCGCAACCACAGUGAAAGACUACCGUGACUACUUCCGUAAAAAAGGCCUAGAUGGAACUUCUACAUUGUCACGUUACAGGAUCUAAUCCUAAUGUAACAAUUCAAUUUAUGAUAAGAACUGAGAACUUUACUUUCGAUGCUUGUUUGGAUGGUUAUUACCUAUUGUAUUGUAUCAUAUUGUUACUUUAAAUACAAUGUUUGUUUGUAUUGUUACUUAA